GUUGAGCCGGGCUCAGGUCUCAUUGGCCCGAGGUAACUUCUGUCGGCCCCCAGGUUGUGAUGUAAAGCAGCUUUGCGCAAUGCCGCCGCAGCCAGCCGCCUAGAAAGGGCAGAAUUCCACCCUGUCCCGCCGCCCCGGGGGGGAGAGGUGUCCUGAGGAGCUCUCCUGAGGGACAGCAGCAUCGGAGGGGCAACAAAGGGGUGACACCCCCAGGACAGAGGCGAGUACGCGUUCUUACUGCGUUUGCUUUGAAUGCUGCUUUUCCAGCUCAGGUGUUCGUGCUUGCCCAAAGAGCUUGGCGCUCUCUUCUUUAGCCACAUAAACCGCGCUGACUUUCCACGGAUGGGGCUUAGGCAGACACGGUGGAGGCAAUUUUCCAACAUGAAUCUGGUAGCAGAUCUUCUCUGCUUGUUGGCUUGCCUUACUGUGGUGACUUGUGACCGGGUCUACGUCCACCCUUUCAAUUUGUUUUCUUUCAAUGAGAGUGACUGUGACAAGCUGGAAAAAUUGGUUCAGGAGGGAAAGACUAUUGUCCCCAUCUCCAUUGAGUCCCAAACCACACCUGAAUAUGAAGGUGGCAUGAAUGACAACAAGUUGGAAGCCCCAAGCCUCAGCACCUGGGGGGAGAAGGAACGGAGCUACCUGAGUGACCUGGUGUACGUCCUGGGCAUGCGGUUUUACAGCGCGCUGCAGAAAGCACAGAGGGGCCAAAAUGUGCUCCUGUCCCCAACCAGCCUCUACAGCUCCUUGGUGUCAUUCUACCUGGGGGCCUCAAACCAGACAGCGCUUGAUCUGCAGGGUUUGCUGGGAUUUGUCCCCCCCUCUGGAAACCCUGACUGCACUUCCACGGCAGUCGGAAGCAAUUUCCUUUCCAGCCUGAGGACGAUCGAAAGGCUUGUGAAGAGCGGGGACGAGGAGCUGCUCUUUUCCAAGACACUGAGCUUGUUCUCUGCCCCUGGCGUAGCCCUCUUCCAGCUGUUCAUGGAGCACUUGCUCCCCAGUGCUGAUGCAUUCUACGCCCGAGCCGUUGACUUUGCCAACCCAGGCGAGGCAGCAGAACAAAUCAACGCCUUUGUGGAGGCCAAAAGCGAGGGCCAGAGCAAGGCCUUGCUGGCAGACAUCGACCCAUCCGCCGAGCUGCUGUGCACUGUGGACGUCCGCUUGGCAGUGAAUGUUAAGCAAGCCUUCCCGCUCAAAGAGCCUCAGGAGUUCUGGGUGGAUUCAAGCACAAAGCUUUUGGUCCCUAUGUUGUCCAUCACGGGGACAUUCAAGUACAAGAGUGAUGCCAGUGGCACUUUUUCCGUGGUGGAAGUUCCCAUCAGCCGGACGGCGCUGCUGGUGCUGCUGCAGCCCGGCAAUGGCAGCGACCUGGAGCGCGUGGAGUCCCAGCUGACCUGGCAGUCCUCAGCCUGGCUCCAGCGCCUGUCCCCAAGAGAAAUUAAAUUAAAGCUGCCAGCAUUAACACUGGAAGACAGCUCUGAUCUACAGGAGCUUCUUGCAGAUAUGGAACUGCCUGCACUGCUGGGGAAGGGGGCAGACUUCAGUAAGAUAAGCAAUACCAGUCUAACAGUUGGAAAGGUAAUAAAUAAAGCCUUUUUCAAACUGGCCAGUGAUGGAACAGAUCAGCCAGAAGACUCUGCAGCACAGAAGGAAGAUGUGAUGUACCUGGAUGUAACACUGAAUAAGCCAUUCCUUUUUGCUGUUUUUGAAAAGCAGUCAAGGGCAAUGCUUUUUCUUGGCAGAGUAGUAAACCCUCUGCAUGAGGAUUAAAUGCAAACACAGAGGAUAAGAAAGGAGUGGAAUGAUGCACAUUUCCCAUCACCUUUUUCUUAUUCAUCAGAUAUUUUUGUGAUGUUGUUGAGUGCUCUACUUAGCUUUGAGAUGAAGCAGUCAGUGCUCAAAAUACAGCUUUUUGAAAGCUAACACCUUGCAGCAUUUCAUCCCCAUUCAUCUAUUUCAUGUGAGGUGACUCACAUCCUUCCUCCAGCUUCCAUUUUAUUCUUUGUGUCUCUUUUGCUCCUAGUUCCCUUUUUGGAUGCAGUGGGGCAGGGCAGUGUUUCGAUGCAAAGCAUCAACUUGAAAAAACAGAUAAGCAGCUUUUACUAUAGUAUUUUUAUUUACUGUAGAAAAGGACCUCUUCAUUCUUUAAAAAGCUUUUUUAAUUGUAUAGUCAGUUUUGCAAGAGAGACUCCCUUUUACAUCACACUGAAGAUUUUACAAUUAUCCACAUGGAUUUCUAGCUUCAUCAGCAACAUUUCCCUCUAAAAUGCUGCCAACAGCACAGGCAGGCUCCACUUGUCCCACUGAGACAAGAUUUUUCUCCUUUGGAAGCAAAAACAUGCUUAGAAGAAUUUUCUUCUUUCUGCAGCCCAGAUGGAUAUGUUCACUUCUUAACUCUAUGGAAAUGCUAAAAAUAGGGUUUGGUAGUAUUAAUGAACUGUGAUGGAUAAAUUCUCAGAGCCUGACAGAAUUAUCUCUGAUUUUUUUAGGGAAAAGAUCCCACAAGGUCUACUUUUGCAACACAACUCCAUUUAUUGGAUUACUUUAUAACCUGUGAGACAUUUCUUACAGCCUUGUAGCAAAGAAAGACAUUACUGGUUAGAGUCCAAUUCUGUAAACUGCAACAUAUCCAACCAUAUGUUCUUUAAAAAUAGCAUUAAUGACAAUAAUAUAUAUUAGUAUAAAUAGUGGAUGUGGUACUGCUACUUGUGCAUAAAAUGAUUACAGCAGUCCAGUCCAACUCUUAACAGAGUUAUAAAAUUUUGAAACAUUAAAGAGGAACUACAGAUUAUUACAUGACUCUUUGAAGUGAGGAAUUGGGAGACAAACCUUGGUACUAAGGAAAGCCUGGAACAAGAAUUUCCACCUCUCAUCUCUAGAUUUAUUGUUAGCACUGAUGGCACUUAAAAAUAACUGCAAACCUCUUUGGCAGAUCAUGCGAGACCUAUCCUACAGUGCACAGCAGCUCCUUACCAUCCACGGUGGCCCAAAUGUAUAUCUAAUCUAAAUGCACUAAUGCCAGCAGCUUGGUGUCAGUCAUGUGGAUAUGUGACACAUCCCUGUAGCUUCGUGGAAAAUGCCAUAACAUCAUAAAUAAAAUAACCCCCUAGGAAUGCUAGGAUACAGCAUCCACGUAUUUAUCCAUUUAUACUGUAUGGACUCCAGAUGCUCUAACAUCUAAAUAUGUACUUGUAUUAUAUACAGAAGUAAUUAAGUAUGAAUGUGCAGAGGUAGAAAGAUGCAAAUAAACUCACUUGCAAGUUUC